AUGGCAGAACGGCAGAGCUGCAAGCAACUCAUUAUCAAAGUCAUCCAUAUUGUGCUAGAAUUUGUCGCAUUUAUAUGCUGCCUAGUAGCCGUUUGCGAUGACAACCACAACCAUGGAUGUUUUCAUAAGCAUGGUUGGCAAUGGCCAUUUGCUUUUGCGACCUGCUGCAUCAGUCUAAUUUGGUGGAUAUUUUCGAUUAUUCUUGGGUUCUGUAAAUGUUGUUCUUGGGGUGGGCAAUCUACCUUUGUCAGGGAUAAAUACAUAGGGUACUUUCUGCGUAUUUUUUCUUCGGAGGAUUUUUCGAAAAAAUUACGAAUAAUAUCCCUAAAAGAUAUGUUCAUGUGGGGACUCCUCUACCACUUCGUCUUUGCAUCUUGUUGGAUAACUGUCGCCAAAAACAGUGCUCCUCAUGUUUCCGCGAACUGCUUCUGGUGGUUUGACUUCUGUGUCUUCGCAUUUGAAGCUAUUCAGAUGGCUGGGCUGACCGACACUGUUCAAGUAAAGGGCAUCACGGAUCAAGGCGCUCCGAAAGUGAACAAAUAA